GUCGGUUUCUGUGUCUUAGAGGGAUUAUUAUAUCAUUAUAAUAACACAUACAUAAUAUUUUUAUCUCAUCGGGGACAUCGAAAAAACUGCCGACUCUCUCCGGACGCGCACACGCAUUGACACGCACACGAACGGCCGCCCUGCAAGUUGUACGGUAUUGAUUAUUGUCGUUUCCACCCUGUGCCUUAUUAUUACAUUACUAUCGCGCGCACUCCGUAGACCUUCCGGUUGGUCGUGCAUAAUAUUCGAGAAGUAUUUUAUAUAUUUAUUAUAUACCGUGCUUCUUUACGGUAACGUUUUAUUUUCGAGGUAAUUAAUUAUUACAUUAAUGUAUAUUUUAUACCUACCAGUUUACGCGCGGUUUCGUCAAUAUUCGUUUUUUUAUUUCUCCACCGUUUGAGAACCAAUUGCGCAAUGACGCGCAUUUUGAGAACCGACGACGACAACAACAACACUACUUGCUGUUAUCACACACGUCCCGCGUGUUACGCCGAAAAGGCGAAAACAGUGAUAACCUGACCGUGAUUAUUUGCCGCGGCUGCCACCGGUACUACGACGUUACGCUCACGCGUAGUUAUUAAUUCGGCAGCGUCACUAUCGGUUUUUUUUGUUUUGGUUCCGAAUCGAUUUCGUACGCGAUGAACACGAAAAGUUACAUCUUAGACAACGGUGCAUACACGGCCAAAGUUGGUCACACGGACGAUGAGACGCCCAAGAUUAUACCCAAUUAUAUCAUGAAGGCCAAGAGUGAACGGCGGAGAACAUUUAUCGGUGAUCAGCUUUCAGAAUGCCGAGACAAAUCGGGACUGUACUUCAUGUUGGGCUUUCAAAAGGGUUACUUGUUGAACUGGGAUAUUCAAAAAACAGUAUGGGAUUACGUAUUCAGUAAAGAUUGUUGCAAAGCCAACUUUUUAGAAAUGCCACUAAUUGUGACUGAACCAUACUUCAAUUUUAGUUCUAUUCAAGAAGGAAUGACAGAAAUGUUUUUUGAAGAAUAUGAGUUCCAAGCUUUAUUGCGAACCAAUGCUGGAAAUCUAUCGUGUUACCAUUAUCACCAUGAUAAACCAUCCACCAAAUGUUGCUUGGUUGUCGAAACCGGCUAUAGUUUUACCCAUAUUGUUCCUUACAUUUUACAAAAAAAAUUCAAGCCUGGAAUGUUACGUGUCAAUGUCGGUGGCAAAAUUCUUACUAAUCAUUUGAAAGAAGUGAUAUCAUACCGACAGUUACACGUUAUGGAAGAAACAUACGUUAUGAAUCAAUGCAAGGAAGACUUGUGUUUUAUGUCUACAGAUUUUGAUCGAGAUCAUAAAAUUGCAAAAAUGAAAUGGCCUAAAAAUACUAUUGUCAGAGACUAUGUUCUACCUGAUUACACGACUGUGAAUAGAGGAAUUAUAAGAACAUUAGACGAGACCUCUGUGAGCAGAACUAUAGAUAAAGAUCAACAAGUUUUACGGAUGAACAAUGAACGUUUUACAAUACCAGAAAUCUUAUUUUAUCCAAAUGAUAUUGGGAUACCACAAAUGGGUAUAUCAGAAGCAAUCAUUCUCAGUAUAAAUUUGUGUCCAGAAGAGACUAGACCUCAUUUAUACAACAACAUCAUUGUUACUGGUGGUAACGGUUGUUUUCCUGGUUUUGAAGAGCGUCUUACUAAAGAAGUGCGGGCUCUUGCUCCUGAUGAAUUUGAUGUUUCAGUAACUGUACCUGAAAAUCCUAUUACAUACGCUUGGCAUGGAGGAAAUUUACUAAGUAAAGAUCCAGACUUUUUUUCGCUUGUAGUGACUAAAGAAGAAUACGACGAAGAAGGAUUUUCUGCAUGUCAUCGAUUUGAUGUUUAAAGACAAUAAGACUGAAAAAAUAAAACAUAAGUUAUUAUUUAUUAAUUAUUACAUAUAAAUAUUAUAAAUUUAGUUUAAUUUCCAUAAAACAGUGUAUGAAAAUACCAAUAAAAUUAUAUUUUAUGUAUUUAAAAAUAAAACUUUUUAGAUGGUGAAUUACUUUUUGACUAAGAUAUGUACUUAUGUACUAUUUUAAUAGAAUGUCUUAUGUCUAUUAUCUAUUUCUCAAAAAAUGUUUAUAAUUUUUGAUAUUUAUUUAAUUUUUUUAUAAAAAAUAUGUAUGAUAGAUAAAACUGUGAUUGUUUUAUCAUUAUUCAAUUGUUUUAAUAUUGAUUAAAUAUUAUGUAAUUAGUACUAUGUAAAAUAAAAAUAUUUUUGUACACAAUA